GGCGAAUCGGGAAGUUGAAAGUGGCGAAGUUGAAAAUGACGAAGAUGUCGCUGUUGAAAAAAAAGAUACGACUAGUACCACUAGUUGUAACAUAAACGACAAUUAUACUAGUUCAAGUUCGUCUUGUUCUUCUUCAACAUCAAGGCGAACAUCUGUCUAUUAUUCUGUGGAUGCCACACGGAUAGCCGAGACCCUACUUCCCAGUCUUCAGGACAAAGACAGUCGCUCUUUUGAUCGUGUUUUUUUCACCUUUCCGAGAGCGUCAGCUAGUCUGCACAAAAACUACUUCAAGAUGAAAGAGAAGGAGGCCGAUUUUUGUG